UUUUUGCAAAAAUGAGGUUGUGCAAUUUAUUUAUUAAAUUCCUCCUUCUGUUCCUCACAAAAAUUUCAAAGAUAGCCUGCACCAACGGCAACAACCUUCCCCCUUCCUUCAAUAACCUCUCUAUUGAAUAUAUUUAUAAUUUUUCUUUUUUCAAGAGUCCUUCUCUUCAACAUUUUUCCAAAAAUUCUUUUCAAAAUACCCGUGCAGAGUCAAUUCCUGAUUUUCUUAUAAUUCCUCUUAUGCGCAGCACAGCCGAAAUCUAG